CCCGACCUGCCACGUCAUUAAAAUUUGCCAUGCCAUCUUGCCCAGCCCAAACCUUGAAUCUACCCGACCCAUGAACCAACAUACCCACACAAAAUAAGAUCUAUCUCAUUUUUCUUUCUAGAUAUAAAAACCAUCUUCUCUAGAGUUCUUCAUUUUUCUUGUCCUUCCUUCGUUAACCUGCUCCAAAUGGUGUCUCGCCUCGUCGACGCCAAAUGAUGGGAUGGUGGAAAGGGAGGCAUGAUGGUGGAAACUGUCGAUGUGCGGCAGAGGCCCAGAAGUGGAAGCUAAUGCUCGAUAGCUUUUUAGGGAUGAAGGAGAGGGAAUCUAAAAAGAAUGAGCAAAAAUCAAGAGGUGAAAUCGUAUAUGCAGAAUCAAAUCACAGAAGAGUUGACUGAAUAAAUCUCUUCCUCCAUCUUUCUUUCUCUCUUUCUUGGGGUCGGAUGCUUGUUCAGUCUGG